AUGGAUUGGCCUCCAACACUCAUCUCCAGAAGAAUCUGUAAUCUUUUGAUUUUCUUCGUCAAAUUAAACCACAAAAACUCCUCCGACGACGAAUCGGAUAAUCCACAAAGACGACAACAGUCGGCGAUGAAACCCGACCCGGGGAAACGAAAAAACCGAGCCUUAUCUUCUUCUUCCCCGUCCAAAACCCGACCCGGAGCCUCUUCCGGGUCACCGAACCGAACUUCCGGUGGUAGUCGCGGUGGAAAGCUUACGACUUCGGCCACUUUACUCGACCGCGAGGAGACGGGUCGAUUUCCCGGGUCGGGUUACGAUGACCCGAAUACGGAGCCGAGGAGUUUCCCUUACAGCGUGAAGCAGCAAUGCUGGGAAAAGGCGGAGAAGAUUAAAGGGAGAGAUCCGGAGCGUUGGCGGAGAGAUCAUUUGGGGAACAUAGUGUUUAGGAAGCUCGUAGGUUGUCCUGGAUGUUUGUGCCAUGAUUAUGACCACAUUGUUCCUUACUCCAAGGGCGGCAAGAGCACUCUGGAAAACUGCCAGGUUCUGCAGGCAAAGGUAAACCGAUCAAAGGGAAAUAAAACCGAUAUUUCCAGAGCCGAGCUUAUCCAGAGGAGUUCCUAUUGUCGAGUUGCUGGCAGAGAUAUGGAUCUCAUUGAGCUAACAGCUUAUGGGAAUGUACAACGCGCAACUGAGUCCAGUGGAUGCAGGAUUCAGUGA